GCCCUCUUCUCGGCUUUCGCUGCCACUGUCCUUGGACAUGGAACCGUCCAGAGCUUCUUGACGGACGGUACUUUCAACCAGGGAUUUCUGCUACAAUACUACUACAUGGGGCAGAAUGGCCAGACGCCGCCCGCGCAUUAUGGCUGGUACGCUGAAAACCUUGAUAACGGAUUUGUGGAACCGAGCAAGUACAGUUCUCCCGAUAUCAUCUGCCACAAGAACGCCAAACCUGCCACUGCUACUGCAAAGGUCGCUGCCGGCGGUAAGGUAGACUUCCAGUGGACUGACUGGCCGGAAUCUCACAUCGGGCCCGUUAUAACUUAUAUCGCCAAAUGCAACGGCGAUUGCGCGAAUGUCGACAAGACCACUUUGAAGUUUGUCAAGAUUGAUGAGGCCGGGUACGAUACCACUACAAAAUUGUGGGCUGCUGUGGAUAUGAUUGCCAACAACAACACUUGGACUACCACCGUACCUGCGAACAUCGCACCUGGCAAUUACGUCUUCAGGCACGAGAUCAUUGCACUCCAUGGGGCCGGGUCCGAGAAUGGCGCGCAGAACUACCCCCAGUGUUUCAACAUCGAAAUCACAGGAUCCGGUACUGAGAAUCCGGAGGGCGUGCUUGGUACACAGCUUUACACCUCCAAGGAUGCCGGAAUUCUCUUCAACCCUUAUACCACAAUCACAGAGUACAAGAUUCCUGGACCUGCUCUCUUCGGAUCCAAGCCUGCCAACCAGCCAAGCAACCCGCCUUCUUCUUCCCCGACCCCGGCAGCGCCCUCCACAACU